AUGGAACAGCUAUUUGAUUAUGACAAUGUUAGUGACUACUUAUCUGGUUAUGAUGAAAUAAAUGCUGAGAAAAAUGAUACUGAUGACCAUAAUGAUGCCAUUCAAGUCACGGUUGAUUCAUUUGCAAAGCAAAAUGCUGGUGUUCAUCAACCAAAAAAGGUCGAAGAUAUUGAUUUGCAUCGUGAUAGUAGUUCAAGAUCUAAUAACCUUCAGCCCAAAGUGUUAUUCACUGAUGAUGACCCAGCAAUGAUUGCUGCAGUUCAUGUUUCAUAUCCACAGACAUGGCAUAUGUUAUGUAUUUACCACCUUCUUGAGAAUGUUAAAAAAAAGGCAAGGGCCAAGCUCCGAGCAAGAUAUUAUGAUAUGUUGACAAAGUAUGAGUUAUGUUAUUCAUAUCUAGAAAAGCUUUAUAAUAGUCGUACUUCAUGGGCAAAAUAUUCAGUAGCAAAGGUGUUUACGGCAGGUAUGGAAUCUACACAACGUGUUGAAUCUAUCAUUGGCGUUAUUAAAAAACAUGUUGACCAUGGCACCUUACUAAAGGAAUUGGUUAAUGUUAUUGAACAAGAAUUAGAGAAGGAAGCUCA